AUGCCCAUCCGACGUCGUGGGCGGAGCGUUGCACGACGCAAGAAGCAGAUUCCCCUCUCCGCCCGCCCGUCCUGGCCGCCCCUCCCCGACACAGCAACACGACCGGAUGUCUCGACAUGCGAACAAGGAAAGGAAAAGAAAUGUAAAGCCAACGAUGCCACGCACGCAACGUGGUCUAGAGUGCGGUUCCCCGUUUUGUCCAAUCGGCCAAGCGGUCCCUCCUCGGCGGCGACGGCUUUCCACGGCCGCACGCAACAAGUCCAGGUUGCGGCCACCGACAAGCAGGUCCUUCCCACCGCUCUCCCAGCGAGAUUCCAGCUUUUUCUCCAGAACACGCACAGACAGGCAGACGUCACUUCGCGCGGCUUCCCGCCGAGCGCGGAAACACGUGCGCCGGUCCCGCUCCAAGGCCAUGGAGCUCGUGGCUACAUUUUCCCCCGCAUCGCCGACAUGCCGGUCGGGUCUGCGCGUCGAGCAAGCACCCGCAGCAUCCUCCACCGUCGCCAUGCCGGGGGGUGA